CAAAGCUCAGACUUUUGGACACACAGGCAGGGACCUAAAAUGUUGUCCAGUCAAAUAGCAGUUACACUGUACUAAAAUUAACCAGUCAUCUGAGGCACUGUCAUGGCUGAGCAGGCCACACAGGGUGACCAUGAGGAAGGAGAGGAGCUGAUCCAAGACAAAAAUGCAAACACUCCUGGUGAUCAAACUGGAGACGCUGGCACUGUUUUGGAAUCCCCAGAUGUUGAUUCUAUUGAGGAUCAUCAUCCAACCCAACCUAAAGAAGAGUCAGAGUGUCCAGGCUGCCAGUCAUUGGGUGUGCUGAUAUUGCCCUGUGGCCACAAACUGUGUCCCACAUGCAUUGAGCUAAGUCAGGGAGAGCUGGGCCAGGCCGGCUGUACUGUCUGUUAUGGAUCACAGCUGAUGGAUUCAGUCCUCCACACUCUGCUCGAUGCCUUGUUCAAUGGCCAGCCAAGGAGACAUGGGAUCAGGCCUGGAGCUGAGGAGGAGAGCGUGACGGGAGCAGAGAGUGGAGGGAAAGCUUGGAGUGGAUAUAGGGUAGUGGAGAAAGAAGAGCUGUGUGUGCAGCAUAAUGACAUGCUCACUGUGUUCUGUCUGCAGGACGAACAGCUGCUCUGCCAACAGUGUCAGACAGAUGAGCAUGAAGAACACAAGUGCUGCUCCAUAGAGGAGGCUGUUCACAACUGUAAGACAGAACUGCAAUGUGCUAUCCAAAGACUCCAGGAGCAGCUAGAAAGGUUAACCUCCAUCAGACAAACCUGGGAGGAUACUGCUGCCCACAUCAAGAGCCAAUCUGUACAAACAGCCCAGAUCUUGAGGGAUGAGUUUGAAAAGAUGCACCAGUAUCUCCGAGAUGAGGAAGCUGCAAUGAUAUCACAGUUGAAACAGGAAGAGGAGGAUAAGAGUCGGAAGAUGAAGGAAAAGAUUGAUAGGAUCAGCAAUGACAUAGAAAUGCUAACCAACAGUAUCAGAGAGACAGAAGAUGCCAUGGACUUUGAUGACUUCCACUUUCUAAAGAAUUAUAAGAAGACAUCUGAUAGAGCUCAGUGCAGAGAAGAGGAGGCUGAGGAUGAAGCACAAGCUCUGCUUGAUGUGGCCAAACACCAGAGCUGUGUGCAGCACCGCGUCUGGGAAAAGAUGCUGAGGAUCAUCCAGUACUUUCCAGUGACCACAGACCCCAACACAGGCUCAGUGUGUUUAGGUGUGUCUCCUGACCUGUCCAGUGUGUAUGUGUGUGAGGAGCAGCCUCUUCCCAACAAUCCCGAGAGGUUUGUGAGCCCACAGAGCAUCUUGGGCUCAGAGGUCUUCAGCUCAGGGAGGCACAGCUGGGAGGUGGAGGUGGGAGACAACAGUCACUGGUCUCUUGGUGUAGCCAGUGAGACAAUCCACAGAAAGGACUGGUCCAACUCUGAUCUAAACCCAAGUCCUGCCUUAGACUCAGACACAGAGCCUAAUGGUGGCCCGUGGACUGUUUCCCUCUCCUCUGGGGAGUACCGGGCCUCUCCUGACCACAACACCCCCCUCAGACUGAGACGAAGGCCACGCAGAGUCAGAAUUCAACUGGACUGGGAGAGAGGGUGUCUGACUUUCUCUGACGCCAAUGACAACACCUUGAUCUAUCGUUUUAAAAAGCAGUGGAAUGGAAAUCUGAGACCCUACUUCUCGACUACAUGUCCUAAACACCUGAAAAUCGCCGCAGGGAGGGUGUCUGUUACAAUAGAAUAGGGUCAUCAUACCAAAGUACCAGUAUGAUUCUUGGACAAAUAAACAUAUGUCAAUCUAGCAGUCAGAUUUUAAAAUGAAAUUAGUUUUAAAAUUCUGUGUCCAGUACAGUCAUUUGUCCUAUUUAACCUAACUUACCACAAAAACUUGCAUUAGAGGGAAACUGCUCAGCAUAGUUCAAUCACAAGAAAAUCAUGCCUUCAAACAACUCCAAAGCUCUAUUAUUAAGUUUUUUGUCAAGGCUAUUACAACCUGGUUAGGGCCUGUGUGACAAAUAUUUCUCCAAAGAGUCAAAUUUAGUUGAUGAGUCCGCUAAUAUUAAGUUUUGUUUUUUGGGGGUUUGUUUUUUGUCAGCAAAUGCCACACAGCAAAACCAGCAAUGAAUGAACAAGUAUUGUGUAUGUACCAAAGCCUUUAUCUUACUCCUGUGUGCCAUAGAGCUCCAUUGUUUUCCAAGUGAGUCCCACAGUUGCACAGGGUGACAUGUUUCUUUAUUACCAUGAACACAAACAUCUGUUCCAAUCUAAUCCCACAUACACUGUUCAGCUGCUGGGAAUACUCACUAGAGCUCCACAUGUCUAUUAGUCCACCACUGAAAACCUUACCUAAUUAAAAUGAUAUUUCUUCCUGUCUGAGUAACCUUUGUGAAAAUGUUUGUUAUUCAGGUGUUUUAUUCUUUUUGCUAUAUCAGUCCUAAAUAAAGCACCUUGUUGAACACUGUA